AUGGAUCGAAGUUGGAUGAACGCAUCACGUAUAACUGAAGAGUACGAGAAUGGUGUUGAAGAGUUUUUGCUGUUUGCUCAAAGUAAAGCGCAACCUAUGUGGGGAAAAUUUUUUUGUCCAUGUGUGAAGUGUGGAAAUGGGAGGCGCCAAACAAUUGAUGACAUAAGAACUCAUCUUAUUUGUGAGGGAAUAAUUCGUAGCUACACAAAGUGGAUAUGGCAUGGGGAAUCCCUCGAUACAGCUGACAUGUCACAGGCUGACGAUGUUACUACAGACAGCGGAAAUCCUAUAGAAGAAAUGAUUCGUGAUCUUGGGCAAGAGGGGUUUGAAGAGGCACAUGCAGCGUUGUAUGACAACAUAGAAGUUGAUUCAAAAAUGUCUUUGUAUUCCGGCUGCAUAUCUUUCACAAAAUUGUCAGCUGUGUUAGCUCUGGUUAACUUGAAGGCUCGAUUUGGGUGGAGUGACAAGAGUUUUAGUGAGUUGCUGAUGUUGUUGACAAACAUGCUUCCUGCUGAUAACAUCUUGCCAAAGAAUCACUACCAAGCAAAGAAGAUUUUAUGUCCAGUUGGGAUGCAGUACGAAAAAAUUCAUGCAUGUUGUAAUGACUGCAUUUUGUACAGAGAUGAUUUUGCUGAACUAGAUUACUGUCCUGUGUGUGGGGUUUCUCGGUACAGACCGACCAACGGAGAUUCUACUAUACUAGUCUCAGACGCCGACCGCCGUCCAGCAAAGGUGUGUUGGUAUCUCCCAAUAAUACCAAGGUUUAAACGGUUGUUUGCUAAUGGGGAAGAUGCAAAGAACCUUAUAUGGCAUGCAAAUACUAGAAAAUCAGAUGGAUUGAUGUGA